AUGUCGCCGGAUCAAUAUAGCCUGUCUGAGCCUGAUGCUGUCAAGCUCAUCUACGGCUUGAGACGAACGUUUCCAAAGGCGGCCUGGUACGACGCCUCCAGCAAUCCUCAUGCGGAAUACGAAGGCCUGUUCACCGAUCGAAACACGACGCGCCAUGCCUUGCAUCGACGACUGGUGGCGAAUCUGUACUCAGUCACUGCCCUUCGGAGCAUGGAAGAUAGUGUUGACGAGUGCAUUGUGUUGUACCAGAAACGCCUGAACAAGCUGGCAGCGUCAGGAGAGCCCUUUGACUUGCAGUUCUGGAUGCAGUCUUACGCGUUUGACGUCAUCAGCCAGAUUACAAGGCUCGGCCUGCUAGAAAAGGGCGUCGACGAACGAAACAUCUUUUCCAGCUUGGACUCGUACCUCAAAUACUGUGCUCUGGUUGGCAUCUUCCCGGGCCUACACAAGCCCCUGUUUUGGCUGAUGGCCAAGUUUCGCACAAACGGUAUGAUGCACGUUGCUCAGUUCACAAGGGAACAGAUCCAAAUAGCCAUGAAAACGUGUUUGGGCAAAAAGGCCCAGGACAGUGGCGGGAGCUUCCUCAGCAAGACUAUGGAGAUUCAUGAGCGAGACAGCGAAAGGUUUCCCCUGAAUGCCGCGUACAUCACUUGCUUCACCAACAUUGCAGCUGGCUCAGAUACCACUUCGAUCUCUCUGUGCAGCAUCAUGCAUAAUCUCAUUAAACGCCCGCAAAGUCUCAUGAAGCUUCGAGAAGAAGUUGAUGAGAAGUUUAGGGACCUCGGCGAUAACAAGUUCAUGCCGUUUCAAGACGCUCAGUCCAUGCCAUAUCUGCAAGCAUGCAUCAAGGAAGGUUUGAGGAUACAUCCAGCAACCGGUCUUCCCUUGGUACGACUAGUCCCCGAGGGUGGUGCUACAAUCAGCGGGAAAUUCUUCCCUGCCGGUACUACCGUCGGAGUGAAUACCUGGGUCGCCCACCAAAACAAAAGCGUGUUCGGGGCCGAUGCGGCGAUAUUCAGGCCGGAAAGAUGGCUGGAGGCUUCGCCGGAACAGCUGUCCCUGAUGAAUUCGUGUUUCAUGCCUUUUGGCGCCGGUAGCAGAACUUGCAUUGGGAAACACAUUAGUUUGAUGGAAAUGAACAAACUGGUCCCGACGCUUGUCAAGCGAUAUGCUUUCGCUGCUUUCAGGCCGGAGAGAGUCAAGUAUCAAAAUCAUUGGUUUGUCAAACCUCAAGACAUGUACUACACAGUUGCCUUGAGACAAGGAAUGUGA